GUGUGAUCACAGACAACGAGGAAGGCCAUGCGGCGGGCGGGAGGUCGUUGACUCACGCGUGUGGAGUGAGUGGGAGACGGGGCGGCGAUGCGGGCGUGGCGAGGUCAGCGUGUGACACGAUACUGCUCUCUGCUCUCGGCGUGGGGGUUGCAAACGGCGCCAAGCACAGUGGGUAAUGAGCAAGGGACAGAGACGAUGGCGCAGUGGAUGAAGAGGUACCAAGUCGCGUCAACUGUUGCGAGCUUCCUUCCUCACUACAUCCUCGACCUCUCUAUCUCUCUUCUCUACAGACUCGCCUCCUCUCCACAGAAUGCCAUCGACAACAACAUCGCUCACCUAUCGCCUGUUUAUACUUUCGACGACGAGUCUAACGACAAGGCCGCAUUGGCCUCAUCCGACCUCGUCGCGUCGUCCUCCUGUAAGACCUUGUACUGGCAGCCAAGACUUUCAGCAACACGACAGCGCGGCUCGCGUCCGGCCUCGCCGCUUCCUCGCCACCCGAUGUCACAUCACAGCAACGAGUGCCUCGAGUAAUUUCUGAAUGUUUCGGGUGGACGACAUGGUCUGCAUUUCAUUC